AUGUGCUUUGACCGUAGGAAGGUCAGGAAAAAGCUAAAGUCAUGCAAGCGGUCAUGUGAAGAAUGUGAACGGAAUCUCAAAAAUGGAACCGUGCCGGAGAAUCCAAACGCGGAGGUAUUUAUUUGUGUCUCAUGUGGUUGUCUUACUUGUGCUACUCAUGCAAAGAAACACUAUGAUGCUCCUCGCACUGGAGAAAAACAUCCUCUAUUAUUUAAUCUUGAAAACUGCCAAAUGAGGUGUGAGGCAUGCGACCUUGUGCUUCCUUCUCUAGAUGAUCCCCAAGAUCUCGUCAGAUUGUUUUGUAAUGAAUAUAGGUCAUUCGUAAAACCAAAGCUGAUUCAAAAAUAG